UGCUCCCCCCUCCUGAAGCAGCAGAGGCGUGCUGCCUUUCUCCGCAGAGUGGGGACUCAGUCCGGCCAGAGAGGGCUCAACACACGGAGAGGAGGGUCAAAAUAUAAAGCACAGACCGCAAUGGGGACGAGCUGAACCGCAGGGAGAGAAGAGAACGGUCGCCGAGAUUGAUUUGCUGCGUUGUGAGCGAUAUGCGGGAGAAGCACACGGCAGUUUAGCACGCAACGCUCCGCGGCAGUGAUUUGACAUCAAAAACGUUACGGCCAACGGUCGGAAGUACCUGAAUACCUGCAGUGUUUCGCACUAACGUUAGCCUCGGCUCGGUGCGAACAGCGUUGACAUUGAGAGACAGGGGGGACUGAGAAGCAGAGAGGGGCAUAGAGAGACUGCAAGACGGGACAGGAGAAAGUUUGUCAGGCUUGGCGCAGACACCGCGGUUAAACAAUGCGGCUGACCCCGACAAAGUCCCUUUCAUCGGCAACCCUGCUAAUACUGCUGGUUGUCCGCUGGUCCGACAGCAUUUCAUUGUCUCCCCAAGAGGCGAACCAGUUUCUGAGCAGACACAGGAGAGCGAAUCAAGUUUUCGAGGAGACGAAGCAAGGACACUUGGAGAGGGAGUGUGUGGAGGAAAGGUGCUCCAAAGAGGAGGCCAGAGAAGUGUUUGAAAACGACCCGGAGACGGACUACUUCUAUCCCAAGUAUUUAGCCUGUGUGGAAAGGUUUGGAGAUGCUGAAAAGAAGAAACAGGAUCUGGUCACAUGUGUUCAUAAUAUUCCAGACCAGUGUUCUCCAUCUCCCUGUAAUGCCAGAGGUACGGUGCGCUGCGAGGACAAAAAGGGCGACUUCCUCUGUCACUGUUUCACAGGCUGGGCUGGAGCCAGAUGUGAGAAAGAUGUGGACGAGUGCAGCAAGAGAAAUGGAGGGUGUGACCACGAGUGCAACAACACUAUGGGCAGUUACCGCUGCUCAUGUCACCAAGGAUACAUGCUGGUAGGACGCCACAUGUGUAAUGAUGUGAAUGAGUGUGAGGACCCAGGUGUGUGUGGAACAGCACGGUGUGAGAAUAAGGAGGGCAGCUACGAUUGCCUGUGUGAGAUCGGCUACGUCUACGACAAUGAAACCAAGAGCUGUGUUGAUGUGGAUGAGUGUGAGUCGGGUGUGUGUGCAGAGGAGUGUCUGAACACUCCAGGGAGUUUCCGUUGCUUCUGUGAUGGUCGUCAGGGCAUGAAGCUGGGCCAGGACCUCAGGAGCUGUAAGCCUUUGACUCCCUGUAUGUUGCCGUCUCUGAGGAGGAACUCUCGUUCCCUCUACCUGGGCCGCAUGUUCAGCGGUGUGCCAGUGGUGAGGCUGCGUUUCCGCAGGAGGAUUCAAACCGGCUUUUCAGCAGAGUUUGACUUCCGCACGUACGAUCCAGAGGGGGUGAUCUUCUUCGCCGGAGGUCACCUAAACAGCUCGUGGAUUGUGCUGGCUAUGCAUCACGGGAAGCUGGAGCUGCAGCUGAAGUACGGCACGGUCAGCAGGGUCACCAGCAGCGGACCCAUCGUCAAUGACGGCCAGUGGAGAAAGAUCUCGGUGGAGGAGCAGGGACGGAGUCUAGUUAUUAAGAUUGACAGGGAGGCCGUCAUGAAGAUCGCAGUAAACGGUGAUCUGUUUACUCUAAAGAAAGGCAUGCAUGAGCUCAAUCUCACCGUGGGAGGGGUCCCUUUCAGAGAGGACGGCCUAGUCAAUCAGGUGAACCCCCGUCUGGAUGGCUGUAUGAAGGAGUGGAGGUGGUUGACAGGUGAAGAUACAUCCAUACAAGAAACCAUUCGUUCCAACGACAACAUGCAGUGCUUCAGCACCGAGGAUCCUGGAGCGUAUUAUCCCGGCACUGGCUUCGCACUCUUCAACAUCAGCUAUGAAUCUCAGAACCUGAGCGUCCAGUUGACCCUGCGUCCAACGUCUGCGAUCGGAAUGCUGUUUGCACUCGUUUACCAGGACAGAGUCCCUCUCUCCAUCGCCCUGGCUGACUAUCAUCCCAGCACCGAUGAAUGGCGAGAUUUUGUUCUGGUAUCUUUAGGUGAUGUCAUCAUCGCCAGCUCUCCGGCCCCCCUGUGUGACGGUGAGAGUCAUGAAAUCCAGGUGACGAUCUCAGGCAACCAAACCCUGCUGCUGGUCGAUGGCAAGUCCGGACGUAGUGAAGACGCUGAAGUUCCCUUUGACCUCCUGUCACAGUCCAGCACCUUUAUAGGAGGCCUCCCUGAUGUUCCUCUGGUGUCCACGCUGGUGUCGGCUCCCUACAGCGGCUGCAUGGAGGUCCGUGUCAACGGACAGUCUGUGGACUUGGACCAAGCCAUCCACAAACACAAUGACAUCCGCUCACACUCCUGCCCCCUGCUGGACUCUCUCCAGUGACCAGAGCGUCCGUCUGCCAAAACUGAUCCAUACGCAGUUCAUUCAGGCAAUGGGGAUGAUUUCCAAUAUAUUUAUAAAAGCUUUGACCAGUGGGGAGAUGUUUUAGAUUGGAAUGUUAAACAAAAUAAAAAAAAACUGGACCAGGUAUCGUGGUGCCGCUUGGAGCCUUAGCCCAGGAUCACCCUGUCCUUUUACUGUGAUGACACUGCUGCCUAGAGGCAUUUGCAGGGAAUUUCACAGUAUUCUCUGUAUAAUGACUCAGUAAGGUAGUUCGUCAGCCAAUGAGCAACAUCUGUACUAGGCAGAAGAUAUGGGAAUAAAUGCUGCACAACAUUGCCUCAAAAACUGCCCAUGUAUCACAGCCUUGUAAGCCCACAAGAACACACAGGGCCUUAUCUAGAUCAAUGUCAAAUGGUUGGUCUUGGGUGAGCCUUACUACGCCUGGCAUCCUGUGCUUAAACGCAGAUCUGACUGGAACUUUGUAGGCAGAGUGACUCUUCGCUGCAGCAACUCAGCUGAUACCGCUGUGGUCAUGUUGCUUACAUCCAGUUCACCUAAGGUCCACCUUCACAAAGCUUGAGAUAAUCAAGUGCUUAUGUAGAAUCUGAUGAAAUUUCAACAAAAAAUGGGGACCAGAUAAAUAGUCCUACAUCAGCUACCCUACUCAGAGAAAAUAGCGAAUAGGUGCUCAGAUCUUCAUGAGUGUUUGCUGCAUAAUGACUUGGGGGUCGACUGGGGACUAAAUGAAUCUUUUUUGCCCCGUAGAAGCUGAAUCCCCUCCAUCCCCACAGCAGGGAGGUGCGCUAUUAGGCACAACUUUGUGUUCUGUAGAAAACCUUGCACAUAGUCGCAGGCAGAAAUGGACUGCGUACAAAGCCAUUUUCUUGAUUUCCUCUCAACUAAAGCCGCACUCCAUGUCUGCCUGCAACCUUAAAAAUCAACCAUGUGCCUCCAAAGAACAACCAACCCAAACAUCACGACAGCUUCCCUCCAAACAGGUGAAUCAUUUCACAUUGGUGCAGUACUGUAACACACAAACAGAGCUAACGCUUCUCCUAAUGAAAUGUUGUACUCAUUGCAGUUAAUACACUAUGCAUUUCCACCUGUGCAUUUUGGAGUAUUACAGUCUUUCAAAGAAGUGACUGACUCAAUAAUGUCCAACAAUAACUUUGUCACCAAGGCCCCUUCUUUCCCUCAGAAUCACCCACUCACAGUUAAUACCUGCCAUAUACCAAUCUGAGGACGAUAUAUUAGUCACAGAAGCACAGGGAGACUGGAAGGGGCCCUCCCCAUGAAGGAGGGAGUGAGCACUGCAUCGAACGCACCACACAAGCUACUGAGAGUAAAAAGAGUGCGCUGUAAUAUACUGAAUAUGUAAAUAACGUGACUGUACAAUGCUUUAUAGAAGACAGAAAGUUAACACUACCUUACGCUCACUGAGGUUUUUCUGCACAUUUAAGUUGAUCCAAAGUCAAACAGUGAUCUGAGUCUCUCGACUUCAUCUGCUUUCUGAAAAAAAGUUUGAGCGAUAAAUGCCAAUUGUUUUCUUGAAAUGGGUUCUAGGAGACUGCAAGAGCAAUAGUUUUUAAUUUGAUUUUAUAGGUGCUGAGCAAAACAAAACAAAACACAAUAAAAACAAAGAAUGUCAGAGGAGCAUUGCUAUUGAGAAUGUUGAAAGGGCUCCGGUGUUAUUUUACUUCCCUCUGUAAUGUAUCAUUUUCUAGUUCUCUGAUGAAUGAAUGCCAGAAUAUAGAGCUUGACGAGUUCCUGUUUAUUUUUAUCAUGUGUUGUGCAUUGGACUUGUCUUUAGUUUUUAUUUUUCACUUUAACUGCCAGUAUGUGUACGAUGCUGAGAGAAGUCUGCCUUUUGAGUUUUAACUUCCCUCAACAGUGAAAAUCCUAUUUAAAAACAAAAAUAAAAGCAGUUGUAUGAACAUCAUAGAGUAAAAUUGUAUUUUCAAAAAAUCACGUUUGUAUGCUGUGUGUUUGUGAAGAUAAACUUCCUG